GAACGGAGAAAGUCUUCAGUGCGGCAGCCGACAUCUACGCAAUGAGAAACAUGUUUAUAUGUUUUCAGACCAGAGCAGCCCCUACCGAAAACCAAUCCAUCUGGCUAGUAAACAGUUUAAAUUCCAGAGUUACACGUUCACGCUAUUUUUAACUUCUGGUAUGUUUGCAGCGUAAAUCACCAAUAUAACUACUCUAGGUGAUUUUUAUUUCUACAUCCUGGUAAUCACGUGACCUGCAGGUGCCCAUACAUUGAGACACCAAAUCUCUCAUCACCUUGGCCAGGUAGCAGUCUAUAGGCUACGCCAUCUGGGAUCGAUCAGUGAGGAUAGUCGAGAAAAGCAGUGGUUGUAGCAGGCAUGGUGCUGGAGCCCGCUGGGUACUGACAUGGCGGAGCAGAGACGCGGUGCGCAGAGGCAUCUGGACGGAGAGCUGGUCAGGGAUCGCAGCGCCGAGGAUCCUGAGCUGGAGGCAAUUAAGGCCCGAGUGCUAGAAAUGGAAGAGGAGGCAGAGAAGCUGAAGGAGGUGCAGUACGAGUCAGAGAGGCGGCUCAUUUGUAGCCCCCCGGGGGGGUUGUUCUAUACAAUGACGCACGAGGAGAGAAUAGAUGCAGACAACCGCUCUGUUUAUGUGGGAAAUGUGGACUAUGGUGCAACCGCUGAUGAACUGGAAAUCCAUUUUAAUGGCUGUGGUCCUGUGAACCGCGUCACCAUUCUGUGUGAUAAAUUUACAGGCCACCCAAAAGGGUUCGCGUACAUCGAAUUUUCGGACAGAGACUCUGUGAGGACUGCUAUGACCUUAGAUGAGACCCUCUUCAGAGGUAGAAUUAUCAAGGUAUUGCCCAAACGGACCAAUAUGCCAGGGAUCAGCAGUACCGACCGGGGCAGCUUCCGUGGGGCUCGAUCUCGAGGACGAGGCUUCCGCUCCUUCAGAUUUAACAGCGGCUUUCAGGGCAGGUACUACUGCCGCCCCUCCAGGUCAGUACUGCCACACCCCUACGGCCUCCCGGCGGGAAAGCGGCCCUGGGGAGCUGCGGAGCACCGGCACCAGGGUGCGAAGCGACACCCCUGCCUCCUGCUCAUUACGCCACCAGCCAGCGACUCUGGGCCGGGCCCAAGUGGAAAGCAGCAACGAUAGGCCCCGUUCCCUCAUCUAGGAAGUUGGGCUUCUGCUCUUUAACUGUGUUACAUUUGUACCUUGAAUAAAAGAUGUGACUCCAUAGAAUUACCUCAAAUUUUUUUUUUUAAAUCUGAAGACUCAUUAGAAUGUAAUCUUACAGAGAAUACAGGUUUCUUAGUGGAAAAUUAAAGGGAGGUUUAUUAGUUGGGGUGAGACAAGCACAAAGGUAAAGGUUUAAGCAAAGUUCAGAGGAAUUCCUGGAAUCUUGUUCUGACUUGGAACCAGUUUGCCAGAGUAGACUAAUGCUGUCCCUGCAGAUAACCGGAAUGGGAGGUAAAACUGCCAGGCAACCCUGCAACGUUGCGAUGCCUCGGAAAUGAGUUGACUUCCAUCGUUCCAAAAUUGAUCCACCUUUUUUCCUCGUUUUAGGGGAGGUGGCGGACCUCAGCCUUGGUUUACUCCUUACUAGUGUGUAAAAAGAGGAUGUGAAGAUGCAAAGGCUGUGAUGUUGCUUUAAUUCUCUCAUGUGUUUGUCUCCUAAGCACAUGCUGUCUCACUGUGUAUAGCUUUUUAUCCUUGAAGCAAACUGUACCUUUUUUCUUUUCUUUUCUCCCUUCUCAAUGGAUGUGCUAAGUAUUGGGUCCUGCAUUUUAUAGGAUUGAGACAGGUGUUCUGUGGGGUGAUGGGUGAUGUAGAGUUGAUGCAGGUCGGGCAUAUUUUGCAGCAUAUCCUUUGAGUAUAUUGCACAUGUGUUUGGGAGAGGAUUUGCAGCCGUGCCUUGAAUUUAAGUAUGUUUUUCUUUUUAACAAUUAAAAUGUUUAUGUAUGUGUAUUGUAAAUACAUUUCUUUACUGGAUAAAUAAAUGUUCAUUAUUUA